AUGAAGAGAAAUAGCCUGUCCUCCUUUUCCAUCUCUCUCUGGUUGCUGUUUACGGCAGUGAUGCUUCAAGCUGUAGAAUCAGCCAAAGGAAAAUAUGCUCACAUGCUGUUUAAUGAACUGUUUGAAGAUUACUCAAAUGCUCUAAGACCAGUGGAAGACACAGAUAAAGUACUGAAUGUCACCCUUCAGAUCACAUUGUCCCAAAUUAAAGACAUGGAUGAAAGGAACCAAAUUUUGUCAGCUUACUUAUGGAUUCGACAAAGCUGGUAUGAUGCAUACCUCAAAUGGGACAAAGAUAAAUAUGAUGGGUUGGAUUCUAUCAGGAUUCCAAGCAAUUUGGUUUGGAGACCAGAUAUUGUCCUAUAUAACAAGGCUGAUGAUGACUUUUCGGAACCAGUGAAUACUAAUGUUGUGUUGAGAUAUGAUGGAAAAAUCACUUGGGAUGCACCUGCUAUCACAAAGAGCUCAUGUGUAGUGGAUGUAUCUUAUUUUCCUUUUGACAGCCAGCAGUGCAACCUUACAUUUGGGUCCUGGACCUAUAAUGGUAAUCAGGUAGACCUCAUCAAUUCUCUUGACGCUGGUGACCUCUCUGACUUUGUAGAAGAUGUGGAAUGGGAGAUUCAUGGUAUGCCAGCGGUUAAGAAUGUCAUCACUUACGGCUGCUGUUCUGAGCCUUAUCCAGAUGUGACCUUCACACUGAUUUUGAAAAGGAAGUCAUCUUUCUACAUAUUUAAUCUGUUACUUCCUUGCAUUUUGAUCUCUUUCCUGGCCCCACUGGGAUUCUAUCUCCCUGCAGACUCUGGGGAAAAAGUGUCUUUGGGUGUUACAGUUCUUCUUGCUUUGACUGUGUUCCAGCUGAUGGUUGCAGAGAUCAUGCCUCCCUCUGAAAACAUACCUUUGAUAGGAAAGUAUUACAUAGCAACGAUGACCAUGAUCACAGCUUCCACUGCAUUGACGAUCAUUGUAAUGAAUCUCCAUCACUGUGGCUCAGAAGCAAAGCCUGUUCCACAAUGGGCCAGGGUAGUUAUUUUGGACUACAUGUCAAAAAUAUUUUUUGUUUAUGAUGUGGGUGAAAAUUGCACAAGUCCGAAAAGAGAGAAGGAAAAAGAAAAUAAGUUAGAGGGGGAUGAUGGGUGUCAGAGGAGGCUCAAAGAGGUAAGAAGUGAUCUCAAGGAGAAGCUCAAUGGACAUUUGAAUAAAAGCUAUGGAGUUCAUGGUGAAAACGUUAGGGAAACUGUUAAUUGCUGUUCCUGUUACAAAAUGCUAACUAAAAAUAUCGAGUAUAUUGCUAAUUGUAUUUGAGACCAUAAAGCAAACCGGGCCAAAGGAAUUGAGUGGAAAAAAGUUGCAAAAGUGAUGGACAGGUUUUUCAUGUGGAUUUUCUUUAUCAUGGUGUUUUUCAUGAGUGUGCUGAUUAUUGGGAAAGCAGCUUAA